AUGUAUCCAAGCGUAGCUGCGCUGGUGGCACUAUGGGCUCUAGUGGUUACCGGGGACCAAGCAUGCCCCAGGAGCUGCAACUGCUACCAGGUCAGCGAAGUCCAUUGCACUUUCCGCUCCCUGCUCACCGUCCCUCCUGGACUGCCUGCGCACACACGGCGCAUCAACCUGGGGUUCAACAGCAUCAGCAGGAUCCAUGACAAGUCGCUGGCUGGGCUACAGAGGUUAGAGCUUUUGAUGCUGCACAGCAAUGACAUCCACCACCUGCCAGACGCACUGUUUCGAGACCUGAAAUCACUGCAGAUAUUGAAGCUGAGCUACAAUAAGCUGACGGAGAUCCCUUCAUCCCAGACUUUCUCUGGCCUGCGCUCGCUACUGCGUCUAUACUUGGAUCACAACCACCUCCAGUACAUCCACCCGAGGGCCUUGCUCCAGCUGCCGAGCCUCCGUCUGCUCCGUCUUCAAGGAAACAAGCUGCAUCAGCUGCAUCCCCACGCUUUGUGCACACUUUCCCUACUCAACACUUACUACUUUUCAACACUCCGGCACCUUGAUGUGUCCAACAACAGUUUAAGCACCCUGCCCAGGGCUACUUUGCAGACUGCCCAGAUGCUGGAAACUCUAGCGCUUCAGGCUAAUCCCUGGAGCUGUGACUGCAGUAUGAAUUGGCUUGCCUCUUGGCGUUUUCUUCAUCCAGAGUUAAUGAAAUGUUCAGGAGGUCUUCAGUGUCCAAUAUGUGAAUCACCAAAUGCCCUUCAAGGUCAAGGUUUGUUUGAUCAGAAAGAUCUGGCCUGCACAUCCCCUGUUAUUACCCUGGGGGGAGAAGAGACACCUUCAGAGACGGAUCUGGGUGAAAUACAACCGAGUGAAUCCUUCAGAGAGCCUUUAGGUGCCGCAUCUCUGGACCUGUCAGAUCAACUGGGGAACAGUGUUGAACUGCACUGCAACAUCAGUCAUUCGGCAGACUCUCCAGCUCCAGAUCUCUCCCUUCCCUCCUCGUCACCUGUUGCCAUGGCUCUGUCUUUCUCCCUGGAGUGCUUUGUGGCAAGAGAGAGCUACGAGAGUCUUUGGAGGAUUCUGGCUUACUAUAGUGAGACUGCUGUGCACCUUGAGAGGGAAAUCAUGCUGAGUAAGGCACCAGAACUGGCCUACCGCUACAGGCAGACAGCAGAAACAGAGGGCUAUUAUAAUACUGGGGUCAAAGCCUCUGUUGCAACAGGACCACACUGGUUAAUGCAGCCUGCUAUUGGCAUUCAGCUCAACAGAGCACAGUCGAGUCGAGACGUAAUCAGCCUUAUAUAUUCAACAAGAGUUUCUGCUCAUCCUGACCCCACUACACCUGCUGCAGCAUCUACCACUGCUUCUCACCCAUGGGUACUCAUUUUGACGAACAAUACAUCCUCAGCAAUAACAGGCCUAGCAGGCAUUAGUUUGGAUCUCUUCUGCCCUAUUCUAAGCUCUGGUAACCCCAGAGUACAAUGGAUUCUGCCAGAUGGAUCCAAACUGAUCUCCCCAUCCAGUAGCCAAGAUGGAAGGAUUCAGGUCUCUGACUCUAGGCUACGUAUACUGAAUGCGGAGCUAUCAAAUGCAGGGAUUUACUACUGUGUAGCCCAGGCUGGUAAGGAUUUAGAUGUUAUGCCACUGCAAGUGGUAGUAGAGAUGUCCUCUGCCCCACAAUCAGGUGAGCAAGUUGGACAUCCUGUCACAGGAGGAGCGGGACAGCCAGUCAGCCUGUCCUGUAGAGCUUCCGGUUCACCGGGACCACACAUAUAUUGGGUAUUACCGGAUGGAAAUAUAGUAAAGAAGGGAUUAGCAGGAGUAGGUGGCUUGACUGUGCAAUCAAAUGGGAGUCUUUUCUUUCCCAACCCCACUUUGAGAGAUGCUGGUCAUUAUCGUUGUGUCGCUGUCAACCAGUAUGAUAGUGCCUCUCUGUCCAUGACCCUAGAAAUAAACCAAAGGAAGACUUUGUCACUUGGAGAUGUUCCAGGGGGGCCGCAAUCAGCCUCUGGGCGAUCAACAAAGAUACGAGCACCAUUACUAAGUCCAAUAGAGGAAGGAUCAGGCGUUGAACUAGAGGAAAAUGAGAGACCCACUCAAGUCUACAGGAAACAUAACAUUCCUUUUUCACACUCUUCAAACAGACUUAAUCAAGUUAGAAAGCCCCUAAGACAGGGGCCUUUGAGAGAAGGUCCCUUGAGAAGAGGAGGGAGGCCUCUAUCACCUGAGCAGAGAAGAAAUCGUUAUAGCGCUAACAAACAAAAAAUUGACCCACUAAAAUGGGCUGACAUACUCGCAAAAAUACGGCAAAAAACCAUAGUAUCAGACAAUAGUGAGGACAUCAAAACAGAAAAGCCCACAGCAAAUUCAUUGAGAAGAGAUGAAGUCAGUGAGAGACAUGAAGGUAACACAGAUAAUGCAGAGACAGAAGGAAUAGAUGCAUCUGAAAUGGAGGGCUCAUCAGUUGAUGACACAAUCCUGCAACAGGAAAGUUUACAACCUGUUUACCCCACUCUUGCAAUAGUGGUCACAACACAAGCACAACCUGAGAGCAAAUUGUACACGGAAACACAAACCUAUGACAACGAGCAUGAGAAUGUGACACCACAAACAAAAACGCAAACAGAUUCAGUUAACCUAAAUCCAACAAUAGAAAUUAACGAAACCGAUCCAGAUCAAGCACGGGCAGAGGAACAGGAAGCAAAUCCCACCUCUGCAAGAGUCAGUCCUAUAAAACCACAGAAAGGACAAAUUCCUAAUUUAGUUAGAAAUACACGACCACAAAGCCCUUGGAACUCUCGCAGAAGGAUUGGACAGCGGAGGCGAGUCAUCAGCAGGACAAGGGGGCGAUCCAAGAAACCACUUCGACCUUUACCUGAUUCUCUAAAAAGUGUGACGCCUGACACUACUAUCACUCAAAUGGCAAGAACAACAACAACCAUAUCUCCGACAAGUAUGUCAGAAGAGAUUGAAAAUAUUAAAACUCAGUUUUCAACGUCAAAUGUUGACACAGUAAAUCCUCCUCUUCCUUCUGUUCUUACCACUGUUGAUAUCACAACCGCAAUAUCUGACUUGCUCACACCAACAUCCUCCUCCCCCACUUCAUUACCCCCUGAUGACACAGAGACAAAUACAGAUGUGAUGACUCAUUCAGGCAACAUACCAGACAGUGUCGAGUCGCCUGUCUUUAAAUCACAAACCCUGGCAAACACUGACUCUUAUGACACACACACAAACACACAAACAACUUUGGGCCUAAAUGAAGAUAGACCCUCAGGGGAAAAGGGUGAACGGCUGGAAAAUAAUUUGUUGGAUGUCCCGAAUGGAUCUCAAUUCUCCACCCCUCUCUUGGCCACACUCACUGUUUCCCUGACAACAACUCAUCCAAUCAGUUUUAUAAAUAAUCCUGGCAGCACUUCUGCUAGUGACCCAUUUGUUGCAACUGUUGAUGACCCAAUUCCAAUAAUGAUUACCUUUGCAUCUCCGACUGAAAACCCAAUUCCAUUGACUUUGCCCCACACAAGUAUCCCAACUGAAAGGGUCACGACAUCAACGACUAGUUUUAUUAGACCAGAUAAUCCAGAUCAAUUCAAAAAUAUUCCUUCAACUACUAUCCCUGUCCUUUCUACAUCUGACACGAGCACUCCUACACAAAAUGCCACACCAGGCACAGUUACUGAGACUAUACCAAGUGCAUCUUCUAUUUCUACCACAACAACAACAGCAUCAAGUGCUACUGCAUCAUCCGGAGAAAGGCCAAACAUCGGGCAGGUCAUCCCCAAAGGGAGGCCUGUGUCUGGCGUUACGCACGAGAGCCGACCCCCAACUGACUGGAGAAACCCUGGAGCUAAUUUCAUUCCUGAUUCACACAGCAGCAGGCCACAGUGGUCUCCAUCUCCUCUUCCUGCCGCCCCAAGAACUCCAGUUUUAAGAACCAGGCCAAGGAUUGCAGACCCACACAUCAGAACUGUGUCGAUCCCAGCAGGAACCAUUGCCAGGCUUACUUGUGAAGCUCAAGGAGAUCCGAAACCCUCCAUCACAUGGACCAAAGUUGCUACAGGAGCUGUGAUGUCUCUCCAUUCAAAGGCUCAACGGUUUGCUGUUCUUUCAAACGGCACCCUUACUAUUCAAAAUGUUCAGCUACAAGACAGGGGCACGUACAUCUGCAGUGCACACAGCUUAUUUGGUCGGGACAGGCUGCUAACUACUCUGGAAGUGUGGACACGCCCUCCACGAAUGCAGCUAGCAAGCUACCGAGAAGCCACAAUCCACCAAGGUGGCGAGGUCCACCUGGAGUGUCAGGCCAGUGGUGUUCCAACCCCACUGCUCUCUUGGGUUCUUCCCAAUCGCUCUGUCCUGACAUCCAUGACAAAUUCGAGCAAUCGGAUUACCAUGGACCAAAACGGAACCCUACAUAUAUCAUCAACGUUACUCACCGAUCGGGGGUCAUAUCGUUGUGUGGCCUCCAACCCUGCUGGCGCUGCUAGUGCGUCUGUACGCUUGCACGUGACAUCGUUGCCUCCUGUGAUCCAGCAACCGAGAGAGGAACACCUGUUUUUGAAUUCAGGGGGACCUGUUUAUGCUCACUGCACUGCCAGAGGGGCCCCGCCGCCAACUUUGCGAUGGCGUAUCCCAGAUGGGACUCUAGUUCGUCCAUCUCAGUUCCUCCACGGCAACCUUUUCGUCUUGCCAAACGGGACCUUACAUAUUCGAAAGGUUGGCCCUAAGGAUACCGGAAGUUACGAAUGCACGUCUGUUAAUGCAGUCGGAACUGAUAAGAGGACUGUGAGAGUGGAACUUCAAAAGGAAGCACAAGAAGAAGUGACAAGUGAUCCAAAAAACAUUCCAGUUUCAUCCACUGUUCUAAAAAACAGAUCUUCGCCCCAUUCUGGCUUCCAGUCAAAGCCGCUCGACUCUGCUAGAUUGACCCCUCUGAGCCCCAAAUCCCCAUUUUACCCUCAUCAGCCCACUUAUGCUGACUCAGCCUCGAAAAUCAAUAGAACAGUCAUCACCUCCCCCUCACAAUUGACUAACUUGACAAAAACGUCCGUAGGUACUCAUCACAGCAAACUCACCUCAAACACAUCUGACAAAGGCAGACCUUCAGUUAUUUUACAUGCCCUGCCAGUCGCUCCAUUCAGCAAAGCCCAAAUUGUUUCAACCUCACCCUCUGUCACUGCCGUGUCCUACGGGGAGAAUCUGCAGCUUCACUGCUCUGUAACGGGCAACCCUUCCCCAAUCAUCAUUUGGAGGACCCCCAAUAGAAAACUGGUGGACAUGAAUUUCAGUUAUGACAGACGACUUAAGGUGCACCAAAACGGAACACUGUCUGUCCAGUCAGUGACUGAUCGCGAUGUCGGAGACUACCUAUGCAUUGCACGCAACAAAGUCGCUGAUGAUUAUCGCCUUCUCCGUGUGUCUGUGGUUAUCAAGCCAGCAAAGAUUGAGCCCAAGCAGCCUUUCAAUCAGAUGGUGUCAUUUGGAAAGGCACUUAAGGUUGACUGUUUGGCAUCAGGAUUACCUGACCCAUCAGUCAGUUGGAGUCUACCAGAUGGAACUAUGGUGAACAGUUUCUUGCAAGGGGAAGAAAGAGCAGGGCGAGGACGCAGACUUAUUGUUUUCAAUAAUGGAACAUUGCUGGUUCCAGCUGUGGGUAGGGGAGAAGAAGGCGAGUACACUUGUUAUGCUGAAAAUCAAGGAGGUCAAGAUACCAUGAAGGUUCAAGUCAAAGUCAUGAUGACAUCUCCACCAAUCAUCAAUGAUGACAAAAGUUAUCAAGUAAUUAAAGUACGUCAGGGAUCUACAGCCAUCAUUCGCUGCCAGGCCGCUGGGGAUCCCCCGCCCACCGUGAUGUGGCUGUCCCCAGCGCAUCGUGUCAUCCCAUCCAGUUCCGGUUUUUACUCUGAUCGGGUUGUGGUGGCUUCUGCUGGAACUCUGGAGGUGCAUAGAGCCCAGAAGAUAGACGCAGGAAACUAUACAUGCCGAGCCAGCAACUCAGCUGGAGAAAGAAGUAUGGUCGUUGGCCUCGAGGUGGAUGUCCCUAAUAACGGUUACAAUGGCUAUAGUGAUAACAUUAGCCGGAUAAGAACAAUCAAUGGAAUUAACAAAGCAACUAAUAGCCUUAAUCCAGUCCCCAGGAGCGAUAGUGAAAAUGGAUUCAAAAAGCCAAGUAGUGGAAUUACAACGCAGCUUGGUCAUGUUGUCCGUAGUGGUGUGAAAAGCGAUGGCAAUAUAGGCGUAGGAGCGGAAAAUAGUGGGACCCUCAAUAGAAACACACAUGGAACUUUAAAUAGUAUGAGGAGAAAUAGUCCCAGUUCAGAUACAGAAGGAAGCGAUACAAGCAAUCUUUGGGCGAGAAGUAAUGACGUUGCAGUUAGUACAACUAACAAUGGUGAUGGUAGAGCAAGUUGGGUUAGAGCCGACUUGGGUAGUCGGACCAGUGCUGGCAGCGCAGGCACUGGUAGCACCCCUAACAAACUUGUGGGCGUGGCAACAACCGGGAAACAGCGCAUAAUUAAAGGCCAAACUGUUCUUUUGCCAUGUCCAUCAUAUGGGUCCCCUCCCUUAACCUGGUAUCUUCCUGGUAACGGUGUACUGCUGGCCCCUUACUAUGGCAGCCGGCUCACAGUGCACCGGAACGGUUCGCUCGAGCUGCGAAGUGCCCGGGUGAGCGACAGUGGUACUCUUGUGUGCGUGGUAAAAGGUGACACAGGAGAAACCAGGAUUCAGGUCGAGUUGGAGGUCUCAGAGCCACAAGAAGCAUCCCGCCCACUUUUGUCUCUGACAUCUCGAUCUGCAGCCGUACAACAAGCCUCUCAAUCUGCGAGGCUAGUGCCUGAGUUGCCUCGUCCCAUAGUUUCCCUAAAAUCAUCGCAACGUGGCCCAUCCUCACUUGCGGCCCCUAAUCCAGUGGGUCCACCCGCACCCUCUCCCAUCUCAGAACCAGCAGUGAGCACCCAAACGGCUUCUCUGAUGAGCAUAACAAACGGAGAGACUCUUCGCUUACCCUGCUAUUCUUCUCAAACCCCAAAACACUCCACAGGCUCCCUUUCUUGGACUUUUCCCAGCGGCAAGGUCAUGUCCAGGGGUGACAGCGGGGAUUCUGGUCGGUACUUAGUCCAAGAAGAUGGAACGCUGAUUAUCCAACAGGCAUCAGUGUUUGACCGAGGCACUUAUACCUGCAGAUCCACCAACCCUGAAACUUCCUCAGUUUCAGUUGUCACGGUUCCCGUCAUAAUCAUCGCUUACCCGCCACGCAUUACUACAGGGCCUUCACCUGUGACCUACACACGUCCCGGUGUCGCCGUGGAGCUGCCCUGCCUCACCAUAGCAACUCCCAGGGCGAUGGUUACCUGGGAAACGCCAGACAUGACACAGCUGAGGGUGCUGGGCCAGGCCCGUAUCUAUGGUAACCGUUAUCUCAGUCCUCAAGGUUCUCUCGUGAUACAGAAACCAUCGAGUCGGGACACGGGAUUUUACAGGUGCACGGCCAAAAAUGUUGUAGGGGUGGAUACCAAGACGACAUACCUGCAUGUUAUAUAA